AUAAAAAUUUGUAAAAACUUGAAUUUAUAUAAAUUAUACAGAUACCCUAUAAUGUUGUAUUUAGUACCUAUUAAACAAACGUGGAAUAUAUAACGUGACCGAUUACAAUAUCUAAAAUACUUAUACAUUAAUAGCGCAAAUUCUAAAUUUAGUUUUUUGGUUUAAUAAAUACAUCUUUACAUCCAUUAAUAUAUCUUUAUUUGUUAACAGGUCAAUUAUAUGAUGCUUGAAAAAUGAUAAUAUUUAUGAAUUUUAUUAAAACCAUUACAAGAAAAUGGCUUCACAGAUUGAGGAAUUUCUCGCAAAAAAGAAAGAACAAACUACAUUAUUAGAUUUACAUAACUGUACUGCAAAUUCAAAGGAAGAAUUAAGAAAACUCGUUGAAAAAGUGCCUGAAUUCAAGAUAAAACCAGAAAAAAAACUGGCUGAUAUUAAAAUAAAAGAAAAAAAAUUCAAAUUUAAACUACUUAAGAAAGAAAGUAAAAAACCAUUCCCAUUUGCCGAGCCAACGCCGUCAGAAAUGAAAGGAGUUUCAUUGGAUGAGUUGUACUCGGUGAAUAUCCCAUGGAAAAUGCUUACUUCUCUUCGCCCAAAAUCAAAAAUUGAUGAAGAAUAUUUUUCGAGACAAGUUGAAUUGGGUACAGCAACGCUCAAGACCAGGAAUGCGGAGAAGAAGACGCCACGUGAUAGUUUUCUGCGAAAAAAGAAAAAUGCGUCUGGAGGAGUAGAGUCGAAGUUUUUAUCGUGCAAAGAGUGUGGGAUCGAAUUUUGUACAGGCGAAAGUUGCAAAAUAUUCGACUAUGAUUCGUUCAAACGGACCGCGGUGUCUACUUUACAAACAACCACUGAACAAACGCAAGAACCGGUUUCCCAAGAAAAAAAGUUGUCGAAAAAGAAAAAUGCCAGUAAAGGACCAAAGAUAAAGUCACGUGGUCCAGUAAUUAACAUAAAAAAUACCCUGACGAAGAAAAACAACGAAAAAAUUAUAAUUGGUGUGAAUACCAGGAAAAACAAUUCUAUCAGUGUUCAGGAGAAAUCAAUCAUAGAUAAUAAGUUAAACCAAAACGGCAAGACAACUUUAAAGGAUAAAAUAUAUUCAUCGAAAGACGAUAUGAAAAAAAAAGCUGUUACAAAGGAAAAUGCGAUAAAAAAAAAAUAAAAUUAUUGAA